AUGGCAUUCAGAGGGGACCACAUGAGCAAAGGCAUUGAAAGGGAAAAACUGAGCAACUAUGUGGAAAUCGCAAAGACCGGGAUGUGCAGCCAGGCCAGAACUCAGUCUGUACCCUACAAGCAGUGGUUUCCAGGGGGCAAGUGUAAGCGGGAGGAGGCAAAAGUGAUGCUACAACAGGGGCCUGUGUCUCAGUAUCUGAAUGAAACACUCAGCUCUUCACGUGAAAUGGGCCCGGGGUUUUACGUCACGACCGAUAACCAUGAGUUUAAAUAUGAUUUGAGACUCAGUCAACUGCUUGGUUGUCUCUGGACACCCCAUCCACAUGCCCUCUCUGUCCUCUCACUCCCCACAGACACUUCCUCUUGGUCAGCCCCGGGACCUAGGGGUGCCCACUGCACAGCCAGGGAACUCCAGGGUCUCAGGAACAUUGUCUUGAGCAAUCCAAAGAGGAGGAAUGCGCUGUCACUGGCAAUGCUGAAAUCUCUCCAAAGGGACAUUCUUCAUGAAGCUGAAAGCACAGAUCUGAAAGUCAUUAUCAUUUCAGCUGAGGGACCUGUAUUUUCUUCCGGGCAUGAUUUAAAGGAACUGACGGAUGAGCAAGGUCCAGAAUAUCACACUGAAGUAUUUCAAACCUGUUCUGAGGUCAUGAUGCUGAUCCAGAAUCAUCCCGUCCCCGUGAUCGCCAUGGUGAACGGCUUGGCCACCGCUGCUGGCUGUCAGCUGGUUGCCAGCUGUGACAUUGCCGUGGCCAGUGACAAGUCCUCAUUUGCCACUCCAGGUGUGAACCUCGGGCUCUUCUGCUCCACCCCUGGGGUGGCCUUGGGGAGAGCAGUGCCAAGAAAGGUCGCCUUAGAAAUGCUUUUUACCGGGGAACCCAUAUCUGCUCAGGAAGCCUUGCUCCAUGGGAUGCUCAGUAGAGUAGUGCCGGAAGAGCAGCUGGAGGAAGAGACCAUGAGAAUCGCAAGGAAGAUCGCUUCCUUGAGCCGUCCUGUGGUGUCUUUGGGCAAGGCUGCCUUCUACAAGCAAGUGCACCAGGACCUUAGAACAGCCUACCACCUGGCCUCCCAGACCAUGGUGGACAAUGUGGCCCUGCAAGAUGGGCAGGAGGGAAUCAAGGCCUUCAUCCAGAAGAGAAAACCCGUCUGGUCACACUGAGCCGGCCUUAACAGAGGGAUGGAGGGAGUGUGACCCAGUGAGCAGCACUCAGGAUGCUCCCUGCCCCCCCACCCCAACCACCACUGCUGCCUCAUGACAGGAACAGUAGACAGACUGCUUCUGUACCAUUGGUCAUGGUCCCACUGCAUGGGGUCUGUAUUCAAAGCCAUGGUUCCUGGGGAAAGGAUGAAACCGAGAUUCAAAGGAAAUCCUAACUUAAGGGUAGUGAGCACCUAUGCUGGGUCAGCUGUGGUAAUAAGCCUGGAAUUUGAUAAACUUCUUCAUGGGACCUUAAGUGUGGGACCACCCUGACAUGGAAGAAGGUGGCGAUAAAAUGAAGCAUGAAUGAAGGAUGCCAACCUGCUUCUGUUAUCAGAAAUGUCCCAUACGGUGGAGGUAGUUCUGGUUGCCCAGACACACGAACCAUUUCCAAUCUCCAUGAGGUAGUCUCCACAUUGCACAUCUUCUUGGUUCUAUUGAGAAAGAAUCAUGCCUAUGGCUUUGGAAUAAUCUUACGUGACUUUAAAAUAUUAAGUAUUUAGAGAGACUGGUAUUUUAUCUUCUUAACCAGAAUGUAAGCUGUUUGAGGAAAAAAAUAAAUGAAUUCUUUCUUUAUAUGCCUGUGCUA